AGUUUCCUAGUGUUCUACAUGGCUGUCAUCACAGUCCAAGUACCCGUUGGGGCAUCACCAGGGAGCACUAUUCAGAUUGUUGAUCCAACUAGCGGUACACCUCUCCAAGUUCAAGUACCUCAGGGUGUGUACUCUGGUCAGACAUUCCAGGUGCAAACCCCAGGGAGUUCAGGAGCGGCCCCUCCAUAUAAUCCCCCGUCCAGUAACAUACCAUAUGCAAAUGGUAACCCAUAUGGUGGAUACAAUGCUGGCUCGCAGCCUCCACCCUAUGGACAGCCUUAUAACGCUCCUCCUCAGCAAGUUAUCUACACUACACAUUCUCCUAAUCAAGGAAAGAGUAAUUCUGACGAUGCCUGCUGUGCGUUCUUACUAGGAGCUUGUGCUUGCUGCACGCUAUGUUGUUUGUUGGACAACUGAAUAAUGGGCUCCCUCUUCCCCUCUACUACGACCUAUUGCUUUUGUAUGCCGUCCGGUCCUCAGUAGGAUCUAUAAGCCUCAAUGACGUGGUAGGGGAGGUAGACGACCUUCCUCAUCACUAAUAGUGAUUCCCUACAAUGUAUUAUUGAGCUCUCACGUUUCAUCGAUACACGCUGUGUCGUUGAGUAUCCAUUAUAUAAGUAGAUGAGACAAUCAGUUGAACACCAUCAUUCUACCACAUCA